AUGCCUCCAAAAUCCAAGAAGAAACAAGUUCAACAACCAGCUAAGAAGAAAGAUAAUGUCGACAAGACAUUUGGUAUGAAAAAUAAAAAUAGAUCCACCAAAGUUCAAAAGUAUAUUAAACAAGUGCAAUCCCAAGCUGACCCAGAUAAAGAUGCUUUGAAACGUAAGAAACUGGAAGAAAAGAAAUUAAAGGAAGCUCAAGAAGCUGAAAGAAGAGCUUUAUUCAAUCCGAUUAUGGACCAAAAAGUUCAAAAUGGGGUGGAUCCAAAGACCGUUGUUUGUGCUUUAUUCAAAUUAGGGAAUUGUAAUAAAGGUGCCAAGUGUAAAUUUUCUCAUGAUUUGAACGUUGGUAGAAAAGUAGCAAAGAGAGAUUUAUAUCAAGAUACUAGAGAUGAAAAAGAACAAGAUACCAUGGAUAGCUGGGAUGAAGAAAAAUUGAGAAGUGUUAUUUUAUCCAAACAUGGUAAUCCAAAGACUACUACAGAUAAAGUUUGUAAAUAUUUCAUUGAAGCUGUGGAAAAUGGUAAGUACGGUUGGUUUUGGGUCUGUCCCAAUAACGGUGAUAAAUGUAUGUAUAGACAUUCCUUACCAGAAGGUUUCAUAUUAAAGACUAAAGAACAACAGAGAUUAGAGAGAGAAGCAUUGGAAAAUCAACCAAAGAUUACUUUAGAAGAAUUCAUUGAAACUGAAAGAGGUAAAUUAGAUAAAACCAAGUUGACUCCAAUCACUGUAGAAAAUUUUGCUGAAUGGAAAAAAAAUCAUAUUAUUGAAAGAUUAUAUGCUGAAAUGAAAAAUCAUAAGAAAUUAAAUGGUCGUGAAAUCAUAUUAAAAUUGGCUAAAGAGAAUAUUGGCUCUUCUAAUGCCGAUAUAACAGAAGAUGGUUCUUGGGACUUAACAGAAUUUACCGAUGCUUUGAGAAAAGCCGAACAUAAAGAUGAUGCUGCUAUUAAAGAUUAUGGUGAUGGUAGUAAUCCAACUUUCGAUAUCAUCAUUAGAAGAGACGAAACAAAUCAUGCAGCCGCAGAAUCUGAAAAUUCUGUGGCUACUGCCUCAAUUCCAACUGUUGAAGCAAAUUGA